CAGCAGCUGAUUGCAUUGGCAGCACUUUGAUAGGAGUCUAUAGAUGCUGAAAAAAGACACAACAAAGUGAGCAGAGAUCCACCAUCUGAACAGAAAAUGACAGAUUCAGCAGCUCAGGAACUUGACGAGCGAUGUUUCCUGUCGGCGCAGUCCAUGCCCAAUCUGAAGGUGUCCGAACAUUUUCAGGUCCUAAAACUCCUGGGAGAGGGAUCCUACGGAAAGGUCAUGUUAGCUGUCCACAGAAAGAGAGGAACCCCUAUGGCUCUCAAGUUCUUCCCUCGCCAGUCUACAUCGCUCACCUCUUUCCUGCGUGAAUACAAUCUCUCCCUUUCCUACUGCACCCAUCCUUCUCUGACACGGGCCCUCGGCAUCUUCUUUUCUACGCCGACCUACUAUGUAUUUGCCCAACAAGCUGGUCUAUACGGUGACCUCUACGACGUGAUAGUGUCAGAGGUUGGCGUGGAUGAAGAGUGUGUCCAGAGGGUGAUGUCCCAGCUGAGCGGUGCCGUAACACAUCUCCACUCCCUGGGCUUUGUCCACCGCGACAUCAAACCUGAGAAUAUCUUCCUGUGUGACAGUUCCUGUCGCUGGGUCAAACUGGGCGACUUCGGCCUGUCCCGGGCCAUCGGCUCCACUGUGCGCGCCGUCUGGUACGACUCUCCCUUCUGCACUCCUGAGGUGGAACCAGCCAAGGAGGCGCAGACGGAGAGGGAGUGGGAUGGGACUGAGGAGGAGAUGGAGGAGAUUUGGAUCACAGUGGAGCCCUGUAUUGACAGCUGGGCUCUUGGUGUGCUCGUAUAUUGCCUCCUAACUGGGUGCUUCCCCUGGGAGCAGAGCACCCAUGAUGACCGCGGCUAUCGUAGAUACAAGGAGUGGUUUGACAGUGAGGUAGAGAAGGAGGAGAAGAUGAGGCACUGUGAGUGGAGAGGCGAGGAGGAAAGAGACUGUUACACUAUCAUGAAGGAGAACCAAAGGAACAACCCUCCUCCCUCACAGUUUGAGGGCCUCAGCCCACUAGCGAUGACUCUUUUAAAGGAGCUGCUCCAUCCAGAGCCCAAACACAGAGGAAGCCCCGAGGAGAUCCUGAGCUACCUGGGAGGGCCGUGGCUGACAGAGACAGAAGUUGAAGAGAAUAGGAAAGCCGAUGAGGCAGAGAAGGAGGCAAGAAAAAUAAGAGAGGAGGGAGGAGUAGAAGAAGAGCUGGCGAGGGAGGGAAAAGGGGAGAGAUAAGCUUUGUUUCUAUUAAACUGUUUCAAGUCAGAUUUGUAUUAAAUGUUUGAAAAUAUUGCCCAAAUGUAUUUCUGUGUAUGACUUAAAUACAAACUAUUAAUACAGGCGUAUGUUCUAUGAUGUGCUAUAUUUUCAUAUUUUUUUUACAAAUAUUAUACAUAACACUUUCAUUGUUGUGUAUAUUCCAGAGUGUGUUCAUGUGUAUAUAUAUGUGUGUAUUAAUGACAUAAUAUAAUUGUGUAUAGAUUAUAGUAUGUGAAUCUUGAAAUUA